AUGUGUCAACAAAAAUUCAUCUUUGCAGGUUGCACCCACACCACCAUCCACUCUAUGUCCUGCGAGUCUGACCUAGCCUGCACCAAAGUCAUCGACCGAGACAUCAAAAUCUCUGGUCUGUGCCCCAAGUGUGACGAGGAGAAGCAUGAGUGUAAGGGGAAGAAGGAGUGCAGCUGCAACUGCUUCGUCUGCAGGCUUCACCUUGGUGGACUCAUCUCAGCGCUGACGAAAAUUGAUCCAGAGAAAAUCACGGCGCACAAUAAAGUUACUGGUGGCUUCAUUAAUAUUAGAGAAGGCCGAUGA